CAGCAAACCAUCCCAUCUGUUCUUCAUAACCUGUGCUGAGCAUACUCGCGAUCCAUUUUUGAACCAAUUUUCACCAUCAAAUUCUACCUUUCAGUCUUUUUCACAGAAAUCCGCCUGCACCAUGGAUGCACAGACCCAGGUCGAUAUUAGCAAGCUGAAUGAUGCCGACAAGAACGAACUGAGCCAGAUGCUGGCAAACGAACAACAAAAGGCCACGAUGCAGCAAACCGUCCAUUCGUUGUCGGAUGUUUGCUGGAAGAAAUGUAUCACGGGAAAGAUCUCAUCAGGUCGCCUGGAACAACCCGAGGAAUCAUGCGCGCAGAACUGCGUUGAGCGGUGGAUGGACUCGAACCUUGCGAUUCUGAAGCAUCUCGAAGCCCUGCGUGGAUAGAUGUAUAUUUCUUGUCUUCUACUGUCGAAAAGCAGCGAGCUCAUGCAUAGAGCACGUCUGCCGCCACCCUGCAUGUAAACGGGUACCUCAUGUAUUAUAUCAGUCAUACCAAUAGAAAGGACGUGCUGGCUUUGCCACAUGGAAUAGCACCGUGAGCGUA